CUUUUUACCAUUUUUAUGUAAUUGGGCGCUGUUAGCGUAAGUCUGCGGACUUUUAGCAUUCUGAGAGGGGUCUAGGGAAAUGGAACCAUCGUAUCUUAUAGAAGGUUGAUGCCAAAUAGUGUUUUCUUUUCAAAUGUCCCCAUUUGCUAUUUGCCUAUGAUGUCAGAAGAGAGUUGGUCUGUAUGAGCUGAAGUUUGGGUGGCUUAGUUGGAGUAAAUGUUGAAUUUGAUACGCUAUGACACUGAGAUGCUAAGAAUGUAAAAUAACUCGGUGGUCUCUUCCUAUUGUUUGUCUGCAACAAAGUUAUUAUUGCAUCUGUUGGGUUCCUAUAGUAGCUGUACUGUCUACCACGUAUAUGAGCAACAGUAGUUGGUAUAAUUUUUUGCAGUUUUACCUAAUGAAACUGGCACAUGUGGCAAAGGUAGUGGUGCUAGUUGAACUCCUAUUAUAUUUCUUGUCAUAUUUUUUUGUAAGUUUGCAGGAAGGAUGCUUGAUUUUAUUUGAUGAACAUCUUUAAUCUGUUCAAAGAAACGGGACAGAUACUGGGCAGGCCGGUUAUAAUGCCGUCGCUUUCUCAUACGGGGGACCUGCUGGUUCUGAUGAUCCGAAUGAUUCAGUCUCUUCUUAUCGCCCAUCUUUUCCUGUGCCAGAAAGCCUGUUGAAUAAGCUGUUGAUCCAGCAAUAAUUGUCCAAGGUGCAUAUGUUCUUCUAAGGAUUAAAUGUCUAUUUCAGAUGGUUGGAGCAGAGAUGAAGUUCCUACUAGUGAUCCACAUUGUUUCCUUACGAUCUAUCUUGACGUAAGGAAUAGGCAGCCUCCCUCCGAGAAGGUGCAUCAGAUAAUUGCAAGAACUGCUCUAUUUGUCAGUGAGCAUGGGGGACAAUCAGAGAUUGUGUUAAGGGUGAAGCAGGGAAAUAAUCCAACAUUUGGGUUCUUGAUGCCUGACCAUCAUCUCCACAGCUACUUCCGCUACAUUGUUGAUCAUCCUCAGCUGUUGAAAGAUGGCUCUGAUGCUGACACCAAUAAAGGCAACAAAAUUGUUAUGGGUGAGAGUGAGAUUGCUGCCUCGUCAAGCGGAGCUUUAUCAUUGCUUGGGGCCGUCUAUGAGUCUGGAGAUGAGGAUGAAGGCGUGCUUCCAGCUAGUUCAAAAGGCAAGGAUCCUGGAAAUGAAGCUUUGCAUGACAAUGCCCACAAAGGCUCAUCAUUCCUUGUACAUGACAACGAAGUGAAAAAAGAUCAGACAGUAACAAUAGAAGCAUCCACUUUAGUAAAGGAUAAACCUAUUUUCACCAAGAAGAACCCAACAAUUGCUGGAAACAGCAUUGUUGCUGCUCAGCGGGAGAAGGUUAAAGAUGCCACGACAGUGUUAACCACUUCUACCAAGUCUGACAACUCUAAAUUAGGUGUGUCUGACACAAAAGAAAUGAUACUGGAACCACCAUCCAUUUUGAAGGGCACAAUGGAGAAAAUAGUCGAGUUUAUUCUCAGGAACGGGAAGGAGUUUGAACAAAAGCUCAUUGAGCAAGACAGGAUGACAGGGAGGUUUCCAUUUCUUCUGCCGUCUAAUCCAUAUCACUCUUACUAUCUCAAGAUGCUUCAGGAAACCCAAGAGUCCAAGUCCCGUGGUGGUGCUUCAGAGCACAGAGACAGAAGGAGCUCUUCAGAGCGCCAAGACAGGAGGAGUUCUUCAGAGCGCAGAGACAGGAGGAGUUCAGAACGUAAAGACAGAAGGUCCAUGGAGCGCAAAGAUAGAAGUUCUUCAGACCUCCGAGACAGUGGCCACGACAAGGAAGUAACUAAAAGCAAGGGACGGGGAAGUGCUAACAAGGACUCAAGCACUUCUGAUAGAACCUCCGCGGAACCAUCACAGAAGCAGCUUUCUGACAAACAAGGGGAGGGGAAGUUCCAGUUGGUCACUGGUGGUGCCAAGAAGGAACUUCCUCGGACGGUCACUGCAGAUGAAGCUGCUGCUAUUGUUAUGGCGGCUACUCGUGGACUGGGGCCUGCCAAUCCUCAACCUAACACGCUAAAAGACACGGUUGACAUUCGCCAUAUACAGGGCUCAGGUGCAGUGUCCAAACCUGCUUCAAAUAGUGAGCCUGGCAUAUCAGUCACAAGUAGUGAUCAGCUAAAGAAGGAAGGUAUUGGAAUUAUCGAUGAUGAUUGGAUCACAAAUACAAUCGCAAAAGCAGUUGCUGUUGCCGCCUCUAAAGAGGCAGAUUCUUCUGAAGCUUCCAUGACAAAUGAGCAGAAGCUGAAGGCUGAGAGGCUUCGGCGUGCAAAGAUGUUCACUUCAAUUAUUAAGGGUGGUGGCAACAAGAAUGAUCUGGUGACACAGGAGAUAACUAAUGAAUCUGCAAGGGCCGCUCCUGCUAAUUCGAACCUCCCCGUGCCUCCAGAACCUUUGGCUAGUGAACGGGAAGGUAGCUCUGUGCAUUUUGAACGGGAAGGUAGCUCUCUGCGUUUUGAACGGGAAGGUAGCUCUGUGCGUUUCGAACGGGAAGGUUCGAAUAUGAUCAAGCAGGAGAAAGACUCUGAUGACGAGCAGAACAGGGCACGCAAGUACAGAAAGCAUCAUCCAGAAUCCGAUGAGGACAAACAUGAUUUGGAGGAGGGAAGUUAUAAACACUCAAGGAAGAGGCAUCGUUCGGAGCGUUCAAGAGGCCACAGUAAGGAUGCACACAAACGUAAGCACAAGCAUCACUCCAAGGAAAGGGAGUAUAGGGAUCAUAGCUCUUCGGAAGAUGAGCUACGCAGUUCCAAGUCAAGGCAUCGACAUAGGGACGAUCAUCACUACGCUGAAGAUGACGAGCAUAGGAGGCACCGGAGGAGCCAUCGCUCUGGUUCCAAAAGGAAACACAAGGAUGACGGAGAUCUCAAUGAGCAAACUCUUGGCCGCGCUGAAGCCUCCCAAAGCACGCCUGAGCACAGGCAUGGAUCAGAGCAGCCCCCUAGCGACACUGCUCAAUCUUCGCAGGCGGCAACUCAGGUCCCAGAUGAGCUGAAGGCGAAAAUUAGGGCGAUGCUAUUAGAGACACUGUAAUACAUUGUGCGAUGUGAUGUAACACUGUACUAUCAUGUUCUUUUACAUUCGGCGCCUUAUUUGUUACAGUCCAGUUCCUUUAUUUUGUUCAAGCAUUUGUCUUGUUAAAAUAUCC